GUCAGAAGGGUAAUCAUAUCCAUGAUUUACAGUCCGUGGACGAGCACAACACUGAGGUUCGUCACCUACCGACAUCUUUUAAAUGGUUGGACUGUAGCGCACCAGGAGCUGCAGCAGGGAUGAGGAUCCGGCUGCAGGGUCCCGGCCACGCUGCCAGCCUUCUCGCCGAGCUCAACCGCUGCCGCCAAUCACGCCAGUACUGUGAUGUGCUCCUGCAAGUUGGCAACCGCACGUUCGCAGCCCACCGUGCAGUGCUGGCCUGCGCCGGGACCUACUUCCGUAACCUGUUCUCCCGGGCUCCAGCCUCGUCCACCGCCUCCUUCUCUUUGGCCUUUAUCUCCCCGGCCAACUUCGAGAAGGUGCUGACGUUCGUCUACACGGGGGACAUCUUGACUGACCUCAUAGAUGUCGGGGUGCUGUAUGAGCUGGCUGAGAGGCUGGGUGUUAGUGAACUGGUGAGGGCCUGUCACGCUACCUUCCCCGACCUGCAGGCUUCUGGGUCUGCAAACUGUAAAGCCGGUAGUCCUGGAGACCUCUCCCUGGACUCUAGCAUGGUCGCUGCUGCUGCGGCUGUGUCCACAGCCGCUGCCGCCGGUGCAGCUUCUGCGUCGUCUGUGUGUUCCUCUGCCGCCUCCUGCUCGUCUCUGUCUUCAUCUGCUGCCCCGACCCCUGCUGCCGCUCCCUCACCCGUCUCCCAAACCAGAACAGCCAGCUCCGGCUCCGAAGCUCACACCAGGGCUUUGUCUCUGGAGCUCAAGGCAGAAGACAUGCAGUCUCAUAUCGGCUACGGGCAGAUGGCUGCAGAUCAGCCUCUACCAGGAGGGCGGAUUGAUGGCGUGCUGCCUCCGGGGCCGGUGCUCCAGCUGAAGAUUGAGCAGGGCCUGGAGGAGGAGCCACAGGGCAGCUGUGAGGACGGAGACAAAGAUGGACGAGUGGUUUGUGAGAGCACAGGAAGCUCUCUGCCUCAGAGCAUCGAUGCCGCGCCGUCCGACUCCCGGUCCUACGCCGGCUCCUCGGCUCCGCUCGGAGAUCAGGCCUGCGACCCGGCGUCGUCCUCGGAAGAGCCUGGAGGCGGCCUGCAGGUGGGAUCAGUGGAGGGCGGCGUGGUGGACGUCCAGAGGGAUGGCAGGCUGAUGUUCGGAGAGGUGGAGGUGGGAGAGAAUGAGGACGAGAGGGAGGCUCUGAGAGGGAAUGGAGCCAUGGAUGGAGCAGAGGAGGAGGAGCAGUGGAGGCGGCUGGCAGGGGAGAUCAUCGAGCUGAGCGACGACGAGAACUUCAUGGACGAGGGAGACGAGGAGGACGAUGAAGACGAUCUUGUGUAUGUGGAGAAUGGAGCGGGGGGGAACUCAAGCAGCCAGGUGACGGAGAACAUGCUGUCAUGUAAAGCCUGCGCAGUGCCUCUCCCAGCGGACCCCGCCGCCAUCAGAAGACACGCUGAGACCCACCUGACGGAGCUGGGGCACUGCCGAGUAUGUGGGGCCACGUUUCCGGACGGCCCCGCCGCCGUCACACACUCCCUCUCCCACGUGGGGGUGCAGCUCUUCACCUGCGACAUGUGUCACUUGCAGUUCUGCAGCCAAAACAAACUGCUGCGCCACCACCGCCAGACAGCCUCCACCUACACCAUACCACAGGUGGCGCUGAGCAGCAGCAGCCAGGGACCGGAGCUGCAGUGUGCAGUGUGCACCAAGACCCUCAGCAAGGACUUCCAGACGGUCAAAGACCACCUGCUGAGCCACGUGUGUCCCCAGAGCCUGAGCUGUGGCGUGUGCCACCUCCCCCAGCUCUCCUUGUGCUCCCUGCUGUGGCACGCCCUCGCCCACCUCUCUCUGCCCGUCUUCACCUGCCCGCACUGCGCCCGCUGCUUCGUGGAGCGCUCCAUGCUGGACCGGCACAUGAUCGCCCACGCCGAGGAGGCGGCGGCUAAGGAGAGGGAGCGCUCGGCGCUGAGGGCGUACAGAGUCCGUGCAGAUGGAGGCGCGAUGGCAGGCGCGGAGGAGCUGCAUUGCUUCCUGUGCCCACAGACUUUCCGCUCCACCUCUGCCUUUCAGUACCACCUCAGCCUGCACACUAGCGAGUCCCUGGGGGGGGUUGGAGGCGCCGGGGCCCAGGGCUGGCUGGGCAAGCGUAAAGCUGAGUCCCUGGAGUGCCCGCUGUCCACGUCGUCUCAACGGGACGUCGCCGGCCUCGUUAAAAUGAGCAACCUGGGCAUGGGGCUGGGAAUGAGCUUCGCCAUACCUGAUAAGUUUUGUCAAGGGUCAGUGCACAGUCUGCCCUCUGGAGCGAUGAGCAACGGGACUUCGGGGCAGGACGGGGGAGUCGGGGCAGCGGGCGUCCGCGAGAAAUGGUACCGGUGUCGCUACUGCGGCAAACGCUUCGCCCACUCGGGGGAGUUCACCUACCACCUCCGCAUCCACACCGGGGAGAAACCCUACCAGUGCAAGGUGUGCCUGCGCUUCUUCAGAGGGCGCUCCACCAUGAUCUGCCACCUGAAGACGCACGCCGGCGCCCUCAUGUACCGCUGCACCGUCUGCGGCCUCUUCUUCUCCACGCUGAAGCUGGUGUCGUCACACAUGGAGCUCCACAAGGACCACCUGCCCCCGGACUUCAACAUCGAGCAGACCUUCAUGUACAACGACCACUCUAAAGAACCGCUUCCCGCUGUGGACACCUGAUGGGCCCGCCUGGUGGCUCUCCUACACUUCCUCUGGGUCUGGUUGUCGUGGACCACAUACUGCAUAACCUGGUUAUCAAAUAGGGCUAAAAGUAACAGUUAUUUUUAUUAUCAUAUUUAUUUUAAUUUGCUGUAAAAUGUCAAAACAUUUCAAAAAUGGUUCACAACUGAACCCCUAUUCAUAUGUUUUCUGAGCUCUUGGCCCCGCCUUCCUGAAAAGCCCAGUCUGCUCUGAUUGGUCAACUGCCCCACUCUGUUGUGAUUGGUCAACCAAGUUCAAACAAGCCACUGGGCUGGCUUUUUCAAUCAGUGACAUCACUAACUGAGGAGUUUCAAACAGGAAUGUGGGCGAGGCGUUGAGGUUGGGCGUCGUUUGUAUUUUAACAUUUCUGAUUCAUAUUCUUAUCCAUUCUUGAUUGUGAUUCGUUAAGGGGGGGGGAGUUGAAACGGGUCACAUGCCUAUUUCACAAAUAAGAACGUUUUAUUUUGAUUCAAUGGUGGGUUGCAGUUUAACGGACUUUUUCAACGUAAAACAAAGGCACGCUAACGUGCCGC